AUGAAGUCUCUCAUGGUGAAAUCGAAGUCAAACAGGGAUAAAUGUGGCUUUACUGGGGCGUAUUUGACGAGCACCAGAGGAAAGAGGAAAGAGAAGGAGGAAGACUCUGUUUGUACAGCCACCGACAAGGAAAUUCCCAAAUCGUCACGUCUGACUGGAUAUGCGUACGACUGGAGAGUACCGAGAGAUGAAUUUGUUGUGGAGAAUGAAAAUGCGGCAACACGUCUGGUCAAAAAUGCAUUUGGUGGAAGCAACACCGACUUGUUCUGCGGCAUGUUGAGUCUGCAAUCCCUAGACUCUAAACAAGCGUGA